CUCUCAGGCUCUCCUGGUUUUUGUCCCAAAUCAGUCAGCAUUCUCCGAACAGACGAGAAGGGCAGCCUUCGGGAUCGGAGGACAGCGGAUCUGCAGGAAAGGGAGACUUUUUAAAGGGCUAUACACGUCACCAGGCUCCGGUUUAAUUCGCUUCGCAACGUGGUGUGGUUUUUCCUUCGUGGCUCUUGAAGCAGACCGUGAAUUCAAACUGGAAAACUCGCUGAAAAGAGAAACACAGUCAGGAAUAUUCGUGAUGGCAGCCUGGUCUUUGAGGGCAGUGAAAACACACAACAAGCCCCAGUAACGUGGUGUAAUGCUGAUGUGUGUGGACCCAGCUUCACUGCUGCGGACUCUGUUAUUAUCGCAUUGAUCUGCGGGUCGGCUGCUGCUUUACCGAGCGGCGAAGGGCACUUUCCAAAAAGGAUUUCCCCAGGAUUUCCAGAUAGAGCUGUGGACGACGCCGCAGUUCGGAAAUUUUAUUAAACUGGGUUUUACUAAAGACAAGAAUCCAGGGAUUUGAAGAAGUGAGCUAAUUAAAUCUUAUUGCAUUGGGGAAAAAAACAAACGCAGACAACACGCCGGGUGAUUAAUAAUACCAGUACGAGGGUUCAACGUAAUAACCGGUUUCGUAACCGCACAGGAUUUGGGUGCAAAUUAAACGUUCUUUGACUCCAGCUUUAUCCGGACCGAUAAUACAUUGAACACAGUCACUGUGAUUGACUCCUUAGAGACAGACUGGGUUCUACUGGUACGAUGUAGACUACAAUAAUAACAACACUGUGAUAAUAACGAUAAUAAUAAUAAUAAUAAUAAUAAUAAUAAUAAUAAUAAUAAUAAUCCGCCAGGAAUGGCUUCUGUUGCGGUCUAAACUGGCGGGUCGUUGCUGGUGUUUAAAGGACUCUGUAAAUAGUUGUCGCGCCGUCAGAAAGAGUGAGCUAUGAACUUGGCAGAAAUGUCUUAACUGAGAGCAGAGAAGCUGACGAGACUCGCGAUUGAUCUGAUUGUGUUUUCCGCUCUGUGUGUGUUUACCAAUCGAUCACCUUCGUGUUUAUAACGAAGAGUCAGGAGACGGGCUGAGUGCACUGCAAAGCUGCCAGGCGGCUCCCGGUAUAUCCGCCGCUUUUCACCACGCACGUUAGUGUAAUAAAAUCUCUCACUAUCUGCUCGAGUGUGUUAAAGCUUGAAUCUGCUGCUGGUAUUAAAUUCUCCUAAGCAUGUACAAGGAAUUCAAACCGAUAAAUCGAUCUGAUUGUGCGGGAAUGUUUCUGAGAAUAUUCUAAUCGUGUGUUCGCGUAUAAUAUAUACUAAAAACACCUGAGACGCGCAUUAGCUAACACAAACACAGACAUUAACUACUCUGGCUAACGAUAGCAUUGCUAAACUUUGUUUUUUUAUUUCACAAUAAGAGACAGCCACAGUAGCACAAUUCCAAUUGAAAUAAUAUUACUAACACUAUGCUAAUAUUGCUAACACUAUGCUAAUAUUCCUAACGGUUCCUAACUAAAUUUGUCUGCGGAUUCCCAGCUGUCGAGGCGGUGUGCGGCGCUGCUAGGUUGCUGUGCCGGGCAUCCUGUCUGUUCCACUGACUCCCUUCACAUCGCUUCCACACACCCGUGCACUUCAGAGCGUGUGGAUCACGAUUAGGGUCACUCCACACCAGCGCCCUGGCCGCUUGUAUUUGACACGCAGGGGAAUGUGGAUAUCUGUGGCAGUCUUUCUCUGGUAACGCGUUCCCUCGCUGCUGGCUCCGGUAUCCAGUACAUACUAUUUAGAAAGUGUGAACGCUUUCAAUAGUCUUGGUAAUGCAGUAAUAAGAAGGCGCUUUGUGAACUGUGCUGCGCCUGUUUGUUUUAUUGGACUCUGGUUCGCACCCCCCGGCGCAAUGGCGAAGUGGCUGAAAGAUUACCUGAGUUUCGGGAGCCGGCGAGUCCCCCCGCAGCCCCCCAAGCCCGACUACACUGAAAGCGAGCUCCUGAAGGCGUACCGGGCCCAGAAGAACCUGGACUUCGAGGAUCCCUACGAGGAGUCCGAAAACAAGCCCAGACUGGAUGGUGGCCCGGCCGAGCCCCCGACGCCCAGCUCCCCACUCAAACCCGGGACCCUGGAGAUGAAAUUCGUCUCCCCAAAACACCGACUUAUAAAGGUGGACUCGCAGGACCUGAGCCGGGGGAAGAUUCUGGUGUCUUCAUCAACCGCCGAGUCCAAAGCCGAACCGGCUGCAGUCCCUUUGGCUCCAGCUCCGGGAGGCACGGAUUACUCUGACCCGUUCGACGCACGGUCCAACCAAGAGGAGGCACUGUGCAGCGAGAAUAACGGAUACAUGGAGCCAUAUGAGGCCCAGAGAGUCAUUACAGAGCUGAAGAAGGGGGGUUCCUCAGAGCAUCUGAAGGGGGGUUCCCUGGAAGGGUUGAAGGGGGGUCCCUCGGAGCGGUUGAAGGGGGGUUCCUUGGAAGGGUUGAAGGGGGGCUGGACCCGCAGGGGGGUUCAGCUCUAUGACACCCCGUAUGAGACGCAGGGAUAUCACUCGGAGCCCGAGCCCCCGGGGGGGGAGUUGGAGGGGGGGCCGCUGCCCCAGGAUGACGAGAGACCAGCCGACGAGUACGACCAGCCCUGGGAGUGGAAGAAAGAGAACAUCAGCAAAGCCUUCGCAGGAUCACUCUGUCUCCAUCUAUCUGUCUGUCUCCCCACAGUGCAGUUUGAGGUGGGGGAGUGGGACCGCCCACCCCCCCUGAAGGAGCGUCUACACCCCCCCAAGCAGAGUCCCCUGUGCGGGGGCCCCAAGUUCCGCAAGGGCCCCCGCCUGGAAGCAGCCCCCUUGCUGGGGGAGAGAGUGGACCCCAGCCUGCCUCUAGAGCAGCAGGUGUGGUAUCACGGAGCUCUGAGUCGCUCGGAGGCAGAGUCUCUGCUGACGCUGUGUAAGGAGAGCAGCUACCUGGUGAGGAACAGCGAGACGAGCAGGAACGACUUCUCCCUGUCCCUGAGGAGCAGCCAGGGUUUCAUGCACAUGAAGUUCACCAGGUCAAAGGACAACAAGUACAUCCUGGGUCAGAACAGCCCGCCCUUCGACAGCAUCCCCGAGGUCAUCCACUACUACACCACUCACAAGCUGCCAAUCAAGGGAGCUGAGCACCUAUCACUGCUCUUUCCAGUGCAGGUACAGACUCUCUGAAUGGACCACAGCCUGACCCAGUGCUGGGGCAGACUCUUUGAUUGGACCCCAGCCUGACCCAGUGCUGGUAAAGACUCUCUGAUUGGACCCAAAUCCCAAUGGCUGUGUUUUAAUUGGUUGCCACUCCUUACUUUACCAGUGUCUGAUUGACACAAGGGACAAACACACACACGUCGGACAUGCAAUCCUGAGGAGGGAGUCCCAACUCAGCAAUACUGCAGCUCUGUGUCUGUGGAGCUCUAUGCAGCUCUGUGUGUCUGUGCAGCUCUGUGUCUGUGCAGCUCUGCU